AAGUAAGCCAUAUAUACAUACAUAAAAUAAGCAAAAGCUUGAAUCAAAAUCAAUGGGGUAUUUGAUGUUGUUGGUUGUUAGAGUGGUGUUGUGUGUGUAUAUGUUUAUGAUGUUCCAUUUUGCAUGUUUCUCUUCGCAUCUAUGCCAUUCCCAAGACAGCUCUGCCUUGCUUCACUUUAAGACCCAUUUCAUUUUUGACCCUUCAAUUUUUGAAUAUCAUUAUGACUAUGACUAUGAGUAUGUGCACGAGUAUGAGGAUGGGUAUGAGUACGAGUACGAGUAUAAGUGCCCUCAUGUUUAUCCAAAGAUGAGUACGUGGAAAAAUGGGACAGAUUGCUGCUCAUGGAUGGGUGUCACGUGCCACUCUGUGUCUGGUCACGUGAUUGGCCUCGAUCUCAGUUGUGGUGCACUUGUAGGUAAUAUCUAUCCCAAUAGCACUCUUUUUCAUCUUACUCAUCUCCAAACACUCAGCCUUGCUUUCAAUUCUUUCAAUUAUUCUCCAUUUUCAUCUCAGUUUAGUAAGCUUGUGAGUCUCACACACUUGAAUUUAUCUGAUUGUGAAUUCAAAGGUGAAAUUCCUUCCCAAAUCUCACACCUUUCCAAAUUACAAUCACUUGAUCUCUCUUCUUUUUAUGAUGAUUUGAUGUGGAAAGAAAUUACUUGGAAGAGAUUGCUGCAAAACACAUCUUUGAGAGAGAUUGUAUUGGAUAAAACAGAUAUGUCUUCAAUUGGUCCAACACCAAACCCUUUGUCUUUGAUCGCCAACUUGUCUUCCACUUUGGUUACUCUCAGUCUUGUUUAUACUGGAAUAAGGGGUUCUUUGACAAAUGACAUACUUUGUUUACCCAAUCUUCAACACCUCAUUCUAACAGGGAAUAAAUUGUCAGUCCAUCUUUCCGAGUUGAGUUGUACCAUUUCUCUUAGUAUCUUGGAUCUUUCAUUUUGUGGUAUCCAAGGGCCUAUCUCUUCACCAUUCUCUAAUCUAACACACCUCACUUCCUUGAAUUUGGCGGGAAAUCAACUCAACAGUUCAAUCCCGUCAUCACUUUUAAACCUUCAGCGUCUCACUCACCUCGAUCUUUCAAUGAAUGAUCUUAGUGGUCAAAUUCCAAAUGUGUUUGAUAGGCUCACCAACUUGCAAACUCUCUCUCUUCAUGAUAAUAAUUUCCAAGGGAAGCUGCCAUCCUCAUUAUUUGCCUUAACUCAACUCUCUUCCUUGGAUUAUUCUAAUAAUGAAAUUGAGGGACCACUACCUAACAAAGUAGCAUUUUUAAAUCUCACUGACUUAAUCCUAAGAGACAACUUAUUAAAUGGGACAAUCCCUCAGUGGGCCUUAUCCCUCAAGUCUUUGAGAUACUUAGAUCUAUCCAAUAACAGAUUCAGAGGGCACAUAAGUGAAAUUACAUCUUAUUCCUUGGACCAUUUAGACUUGUGCAACAAUGAGCUCCAUGGAAACUUUCCAGAAUCCAUUUUCCAUCUUGUCAACCUUACUCUUUUGUGCUUGUCUUCAGAUAACUGGAGCGGCAUUGUCAACUUCCAACUCUUUUCUAAGCUUCAAAACUUGGAGCAUCUUUAUCUUUCAGGUUGUAGUUCAUUAUUGCUAAAAUCUGAAACAAGUGUUAAUCACACUUUCUCCAAUUUGUGGGAACUGCAGUUGCUUUCUAGCAAUAUUACUGGUUGGUUGGAAUUCUCAGGAAAAUUUCCAAAUUUAGAUUAUCUUAAAUUGUACAACAAUAGUGUUGAGGAAAAAGUGCCAGAAUGGAUACAUGGUAUGGAUUCAUUAAGUUAUUUGAAUCUCUCACAAAACAAUGUUACAUUGAUGGACCAUUUCCCAUGGUAUCGACUUGAAUACCUUGAUCUUAGUUUCAACUCCAUGGCUGAUGACAUUUCUUCCUUCUUUUGUAAUGCAACCAUUCUUUACAUUAUCAACUUGUCCCACAACAAAUUCACAGGAACAUUUCCACAGUGCCUUGCCAAUAGAUCAUUCUUUGGAGAUUUGGAUCUACAAAUGAACAAACUUCAUGGAACUUUGCCAGACACCUUUCCGAAUCUUAAUACACUGAAUCUCAAUGGCAACAAUUUCGAAGGUCUAUUGCCGAAAUCUUUGUCCAAAUGCUCAGGACUUGUGGAUUUGGAUCUCGGUAACAAUCAAUUUGAGGACACAUUUCCCAAUUGGCUUCAAAAUCUAUCAUAUUUGGAAAUACUGGACUUACGAGGCAAUAAGUUGUACGGUCAGAUUGCAAAUUUGAAAUCUGAAAAGAUAUUUGCAAGUUUGAUUAUUUUUGACAUAUCAUGCAAUAACUUUAGCGGCUCAUUACCAAAAGCAUACAUACAAAAUUUUCGAGCCAUGAAGAUUGUUCAUGAUGUGCAAAGCCCUUUCUCUUAUAUUGAUACAGAUUGGAUUGAUACAAAUGAAGCAUAUGAGGGUUCUAUGGUUGCAACAAUUAAAAGAGUCAGUCUUCCUUUUACGAAAAUUCCAAAUGGCUUUGCAAUUAUGGAUUUGUCAGAAAACAAAUUUGAAGGAGAGAUUCCAGAUGUUAUUGGAGAGCUUCAUAGACUCAAAAGCCUCAACCUUUCAUAUAACAACCUCAUUGGUCCUAUUCCCCCCUCUUUGGGAAAUUUGACAAACCUUGAAUCAUUGGACCUCUCCUCAAAUAUGCUUACUGGGAGAAUUCCCACUGAAUUGACCAAUCUCAACUUUCUUGAAGUCUUGAAUUUCUCCCAAAACCAACUGGUUGGACCAAUACCUCAAGGAAAACAGUUUAAUACAUUUUCAAACAAUUCCUAUGAGGGAAACAUGGGGCUAUGUGGAUUUCCAUUGUCAAUUCAAUGCAACAACAAUGUCCCUUUGCAACAAUAUCCAUCUUCUGAGGCUGAAGACAAAUUUGGAUUUGGUUGGAAACCAGUGGCAAUAGGAUAUGCAUGUGGAAUGGUGCUUGGAAUUGGAUUAGGAUAUUGUGUUUUCUCAAUUGGAAAGCCUCAAUGGAUUGUGAUCAUCUUCGGAGGUAAAAGGAUCAAAAGGAGGAGCCGUGGAAACCGCCGGCGUGCAAGAACAACUCUGUUUCAGCUUUUUGUUGUAAUGUAAAUGUGUAAUAAAUUUAUGUCUUGUGCUCUUGUGUUUUUUAUGUUUUAUUUGAUUUGACGUUGUACUUUUAAGUAUUUGUUCUAUAGUUGUAAGAUAUGUUGCAAGUGAAUUCUGUUUUCAAAGCCUAUAUAUGUGUGCGAGAGUUUCUUGCUCCAAAACUUCUUCACUUGCACCUUCCAAGUAUGUAGAAGACUAUAACAACUAUCAAUAUUAUG